AUGAAAAAUACUGACUUAAUGCCAUCUGUUCCUUAUGAUGUUUCUCAUAAAUAUACCAUCAUUGAUGGAAAAGUUGACAAUUAUAAGGUUCUACCAAAUAAUCCACAAAUGAUCGAUUUUCCAGCAAAUGAAUACUCUUUAGCUUUGUGGUAUAAACAAUUCCAAAAAAUAAAUGAAAACAAAGAAACUGUUGUUAGAGUUACUUAGAAUCCUGUAGGUAAGGUAACCGACUCUUCUUGGAUUGGUGAUAGAACUCUUGCCUUUUUUAAAAUUAAUAAAGAUAAUAUGGAGUUCUCUACUUACACUCUAUUGAAAGGUAUGAACUUUGGUAUUCCCUACAAUUGCUAGAUACCAGAAUUAAGCCAACACAAUUGGUCAUUUAUCUAUAUGGGAUAUAGCAAAAGCAAAUAAAAGUUCUAUUACUAUCUCUCAGUGGAUGAAUACGUCUGCAAAAGCGAAGAAAUUAUCCUACAUGCCAUAAGUGACAGACUCUGGAUCUAUGUAGGCAGUGACAACAUCCAAUAAAGAUUUGAAGGCAAUUUAGCUUAAAUUGCUCUUACAAUAGGUCCAGGUUCUUAUACUAAUAGUAAGAUACCAUUUUUACCUGAAUAUCUUGUUGCUGAUAAAUUAUUCCCCAAAUAGAAGAAAAUUACAUGGGAGAAGAAUGAACAAGUAAUGCUAGCAUCAGAUGGUGAUGAAACUAUUAGUUCCAUGAAAGUUGAAUUAUUUAAUGGAUUCCAAUAUCCAUUUGAUUAAAUGUCAGAAUAUGCUUUUGGUAUGUGGACUCGUUAUCUCACGACUCUUCCCACUAGAUAACUAUCUAAGCCAGCUUUAAUGCAAUUAGCACGAUUGUCAAUCAACAAAUAAAUAACAGAUGGUGUGAUAAAAACUGGAGACAGAGUUCUAGCAACGCAUAUUGUAUUCAACUAUUAUUAAUUAUCAACCUAUGAUUUGAACACUGAUACUGGAAUACAACAAAAGUUUAUGAAAUACAAUCAAUUAGAAGGUAUUUGGAGAUAUAUCUAUAUGGGUUACAGCAAAGAUAUCGAGACUAUUUCAUGUUAUACUUUUGAUACUACAAUAACAGAAACUAAAAUAGAUAAGAUCUUACAUAAACCAUUAACUGAUUACUUACUGUUUAGAGUUGGAAAGGAAGAUACUAUCACAGGUUUCUAAGGAAGCAUUACGAAGAUUAUGUUGUCUCUAGGUCCUGGAUCCUAUAUUCGAUAAUAAGAUCAAUUCAAGUCUCAGAUAGAGACUACCUUCUCUUUGCCCUUUUAGUUGACAUAAGAAUACACUGAUAAGGAGAAGCAUGGGAAAUUUGAAAUAAUUGAAGAUGUCAAUUAGAUCGAUAUUACUAAUGGCAUUCAAUUUGAAGGGAAUAGAUGGAGUGGAAUCAGUGAAUAUGCUUUUAGUGGAUGGAUUAAGCCAACUGGUACAGGAAAUACAGAUUGUUAAUUAAUUUUAAGAUUGACGAAUAAUAAUGCAGAAAUUUUGAAUGAUAGGAAAUCUUAGGGAGACAGAACUCUACACAUUACUAUUUGCAACACUCAACUAAUUAAAUAUUCCACAUACACACUGGUAGAUCUAAAAGAUGCAAAUGAACCAAAAUUUAUGGAUGGUCAAUUAGAAUUGAAUGAUUACAAUUAUGCUUGGAAUUAUAUCUAUAUGGGUUACAAUCAAAGAACGAGAGAAGUCCAUUGUCUAUUGCAUACUUUGAUUGAAGACAAACCAAUAACCUGGGAAUAAGUGUAGCAUUACGUACCUAAUUAUUUGGGAUUGUACAUUGGAUAAGAUAAAUUUACUAGUAAAUUUAUUGGAUAAAUGAACAAAUGGACAGCAGCCUAUGGAUUGGGUGGCUUUGUAAGUCUGAAGAAGAAUGGUUAUUAGUAACUAUUACCAUAUUAUGGUCUGGUUUAGCCAAAUAAAUAAUUCUAAUGGAAUUCAAAUAAAGAUACUGUGAUAUAAACACCAGAAUUCAUUGUUUAAGAAUUUACUAAUGAAAUUGAUUCCAUAACAGAGUAUGCUGUUGGUAUAUGGACGAGAUGGUUAACAGAUUUCCCAGACCAUUUAGUGGAGAGAAAGGAUUCUCAUUCUAUUUUUAGAUUCACUGCUAAGAGAGAACAUUAAGACAAAUCAUAAAUAUAGGAUAGAGUCCUGAGUGCAUUUUUGAAUAAGGGAUCGUAUGAAUUCAGCAGUUAUGACAUUGCAACCAACAACUUUGCUGCAAACAGUCUGGCUGCAUAUGAUUAGAUUGAAGGAUCAUGGAAUUUUAUAUAUAUGGGAUAUAAAGAUGGUUAAACAGUUGGCAUAAUAAUAGUGAGAGACACAGCCAAAGCUUUGAAAGUAGAGUUUGCAACUAAACACAUACCUUUAGUAGGAUAUGCUAAGUUGUUGAUUGGUGUGUCUGAAUUUGGACAUGGUUAGUUUCAUGGUUGGCUCUAUGAUCCACGUCUAUAUCUAGGAUAAGGUAGCUUUAUUAAUGAAAGCCAGAAGGUUGUAGAUCUACUCUAAAAGAUUCAUCGUAAGCUACCCUUACCUGCAGUGGAUUUAGCUGAUUUCAAGUGGUCAAUUCCUUAAAUGGAUACGACUGAAAAUUUAAAGACUGGUUACAUAGAUUAUAAGUUUGAGGAUAAGUAAGAAUCCAUUGAAUACUCCUAUGGAAUGUGGAUACAAUAGUCUCCUUUAUUACCUGGUAUGCCAACAGUUCCUAGAUUAAUCGCCAGAUUAUCAACAAACCAUCCUUAAUUUAUGAAGGACAUGUAGUUGGGAGAUAGAACACUUCUUGUUAGUAUGUUAAAUGAGAAAUUGAGUUAUAAUACUUAUAAAUUAUUGGACACUCCCUAAUUUGAAUAAAAAGUGGAAGAAAUCCAAGUGGAAUAAUUAUAAUGGACUUAUGUAUUUUUCUAGUACAAGAAAGGAAAUGCGUUGGCUUAUGCUUUAUAAGUCAAGUAAGCAUAACAAAAAAAGAUUGAAUCUCUUCACAUUAUACCAAAUGUGUUUUAUUUCUAUUUAAUUAAGGAUCAAAAUUUUGCAGAAUUCUAUGGAAAAUUGAGUGAUGUGAAAGUAUUCUUUGGCUCUAGCAGUUACUUCGAAGACCCUUAAGUUACAAUAGAGAAAUGGCCAUUUGAUAAGAAAUAUUUACAACCCGUUUCUGAAUAACCUAUUAAUAAUCAGCAAAUAACUUCAGCAAAAAUAUCUAGAAAUAUGGAUAUCAAAAAUGAAAGGUACGUUGAAGAUUAUUGA